AUGAAAUAUUUCUACGUGAAAUAUUUGUGCAUCCUUACUCUAAUAGUUCAAGUGUUUUGGAAAGGAUGUAAUAACGAACCAGGUAGUGUUAGUAAUGUUAGUAGAGGUAGUAACGUUAGUAGUGGCAGUAGUGGUAGUAGCGGCAAAAGUGGAAGUAGCGGUGGCAGCUAUGCAUCCGCAAUGCACUCGUUUAAGGCUCCCUUGACAGUGAACGACUUAAAUAAAGGAUGGAUGCUGGACUACUCGACGGCAAGCACAAACCAAUACAUAGUUCUAGUGCCAAAUGUGUAUAAUAGAAGAGGGAUAUUCUAUAACACAAAGGCAAUAUUUUCAGACAGUAUAACAGUAACUUUCAGUUUUUGCAUGUACAAGAAAUAUUACAAGGAGAGCAUAGAUAAGAAAUAUUAUAAAGAACAGAAGGAUGUAAAGUCAAUAGUAUAUAGAACGAAUAUUGAUGAAAAGAAUAAAGAGAAUGGGUUUGCAUUUUGGUUAUUACAUAAUCCAUUUACUGUACAGAAUGGGAGUGUCGAUAAUAUUAUUUUGGAAGAAGAAGAAUUUGGUUUGUAUGGAUAUAAAAAAGCGUUUAAUGGAGUAGGUAUAUUUUUUAAAUUAAAUGGUAAUGAAUUAAUAUUAUCAGGUUUAGGUAAUUAUGGAAAGAGAAAUAUAAAUUUGAAUGAUUUAGUUAGAAGAAGCUAUCACAUAAAUGCAGUUACAUAUAACGAUAUAAUAAAUGUUAAGAUAACGACACAAAAAAAUGAGGUAGGUGUGUUUAUUUAUUAUCCAAAAAAUGAAAAUUAUAUACAUAGUUUUACUUUAAAAAAACAAAUACCUAAAGAAAAUUAUAUCGCAUUUAGUGCUUAUAAUUUUAAAGAGGAUGAAAAAAUAGCAAUAACAAAUGCAAACAAAUACCAGCCUACUUAUGUGGGUAUAUCAGAAGUACAAGUUUCAGCCAAGGAUAAUAUUAUACUUGAAGAAGAAUAUGAAACAAAAACAAAAGAGUACAUAAAUGAAGAAAGUUCUAAAGUAAAAAACGAAUUAUCAUCUAAUGAUGUAAAUAAUUCUGUUAAUGAAUUAUUAAACGAAUUAACACAUAAUAAAGAUCAAACUACACAAGUAGAAGUCUUAAAAUCUUUAAUAAAAAUAAUUCAAAAAUGUUUGUUAUUUCAUAUUAAUAAUGAAAAAAGAUUAUCGUAUAAUUUUGAUAUAUUAAAUGAAAAUAUCAUAUACAUACAAGAUGAAUUAAAACAAAUUAAAAAAAAUAUUUCUCAUAAAUCAGAGGACCCAAAAUAUUAUCAAAAAAUAUUUUCCACCGAAUUAAGUAGUUUAAAAAACUUAUUCCAUUCGCAUGCACAAUAUCAAAAAAAAAAUAUUGAAGAUAUUACUGACAGAUUAACCAAAAAAAUAGAUAACAGCCAAGAAUUAAAACUACUAGCAGAAAAGGCACAAACAUUAGAAAAAAUUAUUAACAAACGAAAUAGCAGCACUUCCUACCUUUUCGCGCUAGCCUUUGCUGCUCUCAUUGUUAUUACGCUCUGCAUGAUUUAUAAAAAAAUUAGGGACGUAGAAAAAAAACAUAUUCUGUAA